AUGUCCCAGUAUAUAAAUGGCUUCCUUGUUAGCGAUGAAGUAGAUCCCUUUCCAUCCCUGAGGACACUCGACUUCAGUUUCCUUCAGCGCCAGCAGAAUAAAGAAAUCAUGAUGAAGCUCUUGGUAAUCACGAUGUGCCUGCUGGUCUCUACCAUGGCCGCUCCUGUUCCUGGGAGUGAGAGCAACGAGGUGGAGGUUGCACCCGCACAGGCAGCCGAUGUUCCCCCUCCGGCUCCCAUCGCCGUCGGAGAUGGAUCAGAAGAGGAGGCAGAGGAUGGCAACCCUGCACCUAAAGCUGCAGCUGCUGCUGUUCCCCUGAAUUCAGAUGAGGAGGAAGAGGCAGAGGAGGUUGAGGCAGCCGAAGCUGAACCGGCUGUUGAAGUAGCACCAGCCGAGCCAGCAGCCGAGCCCGCAGCCAGAGCCUGCAGCCGAGCCAGCAGCCGAGCCCGCAGCAGACCCCGCAACAGCUGUGGAGCCAGCUGUGGUUGAUGCCCCAGUGGAUGCUGCAGCAGUGGAUGCUGCAGCAGUGGAUGCUGCUGCAGUCGAUGCUGCUGCUGUAGAUGUUCCUCCCGUUGAUAUCGUUCCUGUUGAUAGUGCCCCAGCUGCCCCAGAGGUGGCUAUUGAUGCUGCAGCCCCGGCUGAUGUCCCUGCUGCUGAUGCGGCCCCAGCUGAUCCUGUUGUGCUGUAGUUAUCUUUCAAUAAUUACUAGCCAAAGUGCCUCUCCGCUAGAAGCUAAUAGCUACAGUAAUAGCUACAGUAAUUGAGUAAGUAAUAGGUGAUGUAGUUGCAAUACACAGUGAUAAAAAGAUAGCAGUAUUUUGCCAGGAAACUGAAUAAAACACAUGUAAAAGAAUUCCAUAAAGCCAACACAGAAGUACAUUAAACUAACCUUAUUCUUAAUAACCAGCAGAGGGCGAUUCCAAUGAUGCCAAAGAAGACAGUUAAUUUGUGACUGUCUGAUAAUUUGCUCAUGUUUAAGACUUGAUCUACUAUCUCAAUAAACAUUUUUUUAAGGAGUUAUUGAUCCUAAAUGCUUGUUUCAUGUUUUCCUCUUUGGUAUAUGAAACCCAUGAAACUCACGUCUUUAAAAAAAACAAACAGUUUUUGAAGUCGAAGUCCACUUCUUUUAUACAGUCCAUGAAAAAUGUGAAGCCAUGAACAGGAGAGCAGUUUAAAGCAAAACAAGAUGGUUGUGUUUUUGGUUCAGGGCUGGACAAUUAAAAAAAAUAGUUUGUAUGUUUGCUAUUAGUCAUGAUUUUGCAUGCAAAAUCCAUAUAUUAAUGUAUGCUCAAG